GGGGGGGGGACCCCGGCCGUGCUGCGGCUGGAGACGGACGAGCUGGUGGUCCUGGAGGCCCCCGGGGUGGCCGCGGCCACCGAGGCCUCGCUGCGGGUCCAGGAUUUCCCCCAGAAGCGCCAAAUCCUGUUCGAGACCCGCCUGGCCCUGAGUCCGGCCGAGGGCAUGAUGGCCACGGCCACCAUCAAGGUGCCCGCCAAGCUGCUGCCGGCGGCGCAGGGGAAGCAGUUUGUGACGGUGACAGCGCGGGUGGCCGGGGUGACGCUGGAGAAGGUGCUGCUGGUGUCCCUGCAGAGCGGCCACGUCUUCGUGCAGACCGACAAACCCAUCUACACGCCCGGGGCCACCGGUGAGCGGGGACACCUGGGGACACCCACGGUGUCACCCGUGCCACUGUCCCCUCAGACGCCGGACAACGUCAUCAUCAAACAAGUCUCGGUGUCGUCCCCGAUGAAAAACGGGAUCCUGUCCCUCAACCACAACCUGCCCGAGGUCGUCAGCCUGGGCAUGUGGACGAUUUCGGCCAAAUUCGAGGAUUCUCCGGAUCAGGUUUUCAGCACCCAGUUCGAGGUCAAGGAAUACGUGCUGCCGAGCUUUGAGGUGGCUGUGGAGCCCGAGGAAAAGUUCCUGUACAUCGACCGCCAGGAGGAUUUCCGAGUGUCCAUCCUGGCCAGGUACCUGUACGGGAAGCGCCUGGAGGGGACGGCGUUCGUGCUCUUCGGGGUCAUGGUGGACGACGAGAAGAAGAGCAUCCCCCAGUCCCUGCGGCGCGUGGCGGUGGUGGACGGUGACGCCGAGGCCGUGCUCUCCAUGGCGCACCUGCGCGAGCGCUUCCCCAACCCCCACGAGCUCGUGGGACACUCGCUGUACGUCACUGUCACCGUCAUCACCGAGUCAGGCAGUGACAUGGUGGAGGCCCAGCGCGGUGACAUCCGCAUCGUGACGUCCCCGUACAGCAUCCACUUCACGCACACCCCCAAGUACUUCAAGCCCGGGAUGCCCUUCGACCUCACGGUUUAUGUCACCAACCCCGACCAGUCACCGGCGCCGCGAGUCACCGUCCAGGCCGACGGCUUCCAGGGCCCGGUGUCCACCCAGCGCGACGGCACGGCCAGGCUGGUGCUCAACAUGCCGGCCAACAAGGACAGCGUCCCCAUCACCGUCCGGACUGCCCAGCCUGGGCUGCCCCCGGAGCGCCAGGCCUCGCGGCAAAUGACGGCCCAGGCCUACCGCAGCCAGGCCGGCUCGGGCAACUUCCUCCACCUGGCGGUAGCCGCCACCGAGCUCCAGCCCGGCGACAACCUGGCCGUCAACUUCCACCUCAAGACCAGCAACAACAACGUCCGGAACUCCGUCCCGUUCUUCACCUACCUGGUGAUGAGCAAGGGGCGCAUCGUGCGGGCCGGCCGGCAGCGGCACGAGGCCGGGCAGAGCCUGGUGACCAUGACCCUGCCGGUCACCCCCGAGCUCAUCCCCUCCUUCCGCGUCGUCGCCUAUUACCACGUCCUGCCCGGCGAGAUCGUGGCCGACUCCGUCUGGGUGGACGUCAAGGACACCUGCAUGGGCACCCUGGUGGUGAAGGGGGCGACGGAGGGUGACAACCGCGUGCACGAGCCGGGGACGCCGAUGAGGCUGCGCAUCGAGGGCGACCACAGGGCGCACGUGGGGCUGGUGGCCGUGGACAAGGGCGUCUUCGUGCUCAGCAAGAAGAACAAGCUCACCCAGGCCAGGGUUUGGGACACGGUGGAGAGGAGUGACAUCGGCUGCACGCCGGGCAGUGGCCGGGACAACGUCGGGGUCUUUGCGGACGCUGGCCUGAGCCUGGCCACCAGCGUCCAGCUGUCCACCCCGCAGCGGUCAGAGGUCCAGUGUCCCCAGCCCGCCAAACGCAAGCGCCGCUCGCUGGCUCUCGCCGAGUACAAGGGCACCAAGGUGGCCGAGUACUCGGACAAGCUGGAGAGGAAGUGCUGCGAGGACGGGAUGAGGGACAACCCGAUGGGGCACAGCUGCGAGAGGAGGAGCGAGUACAUCCAGGAGGGCGACGCCUGCGUCCGCGCCUUCCUCGACUGCUGCCGGGGGGUCGCAGCCCUGCGGCCACGUUCGCGAGGGCCGAUGCCACCACCCCCAGGCCAGGAGGAGGACGAUCUGUUCUCGCCGGACGAGGACAUCGUCUCGCGGAGCCUCUUCCCCGAGAGCUGGCUGUGGCAGGUGGAGCAGCUCACGGAGCCGCCCAACGAGCUGGGGGUCUCAGCCAAGACACUGCCCGUGUACCUGAAGGACUCCAUCACCACCUGGGAGGUGCUGGCCGUCAGCCUCUCCCCCUCCAAAGGGCUGUGCGUGGCCGACCCCUACGAGAUCACGGUGAUGAAGGAAUUCUUCAUCGACCUGCGCCUGCCCUACUCGGUGGUGAGGAACGAGCAGGUGGAGAUCCGCGCCAUCCUCUACAACUACUGGCUGCACGACAUCACGGUGAGGGUGGAGCUGGUGUACAACCCCGACCUGUGCAGCCCCUCCACGGCCAAGCAGCGCUACCAGCAGGUGCUGCGCAUGAAGGCCGAGUCCUCGCGCACCGUGUCCUUCGUCAUCGUCCCCCUCAAGCUCGGCCUGCUGGACAUCGAGGUCAAGGCGGCCGUCCGGAACCAGUACGUGGGCGACGGCGUCAAGAAGAAGCUCAGGGUCGUGCCCGAGGGGAUGCGGCUGGAGAAGACGGUGAAGAUCGUCGAGCUGGACCCGCAGAACAAGGGAGUCAACGGGGUGCAGGAGGAGCGGGUGAAGGCCGCGGAUCUCUCGGACAUCGUCCCCGACACGGAAUCGGAGACCAAAGUCAGCAUCCAGGGUAACCCCGUGUCCAUCAUGGUGGAGAAAUCCAUCGACGGGGCCAAGCUGAAGCACCUGAUCGUGACCCCGUCGGGCUGCGGCGAGCAGAACAUGAUCGCCAUGACCCCCACGGUCAUCGCCGUCCACUACCUGGACAAGACCCUGCAGUGGGAGAACUUCGGCGUGGACCGCCGCGCCGGGGCCAUCGAGCUGAUCAGGAAAGGUUACACCCAACAACUGGCCUUCCGCAAACCCGACAGCUCCUACGCCGCCUUCAUCAACCGCCCCUCCAGCACCUGGUUGACCGCCUACGUGGUCAAGGUGUUCGCCAUGGCCAAGCAGCUGGCGGGCAUCGAGCACGGCGAGAUCUGCGGCCCCAUCAAGUGGCUCAUCCUCAACAAGCAGAAACCGGACGGGCUCUUCCAGGAGGACGCGCCCGUCAUCCACAAGGAGAUGGUGGGAGGUUACCACGGCGCCGAGCCCGAGGUGUCCCUCACCGCCUUCGUCCUCAUCGCCCUGAAGGAGGCGCAGGGCAUCUGCAAGGACCACAUCAACAGCUUGGACGAGAGCAUCGACAAAGCCGCCGGCUUCCUGGCCCGGCGCUACGAGCAGCUGGCCCGGCCCUACACGGUGGCCCUGGCGUCCUACGCGCUGGCCCUGGCCGGCAAGCUCAAGAGCGAGAAGGUCCUCAUGAAGUUCUCCAAAGGUGGCAGCAGCUGGGAGGAGCGCAACGCCCGCACCUACAACAUCGAGGGCACGUCCUACGCGCUGCUGGCCCUGCUGCAGAUGAAGAAGUCGGAGCUGGCCGGGCCGGUGGUCCGGUGGCUCGCGCAGCAGAAUUACUACGGGGGCGGCUACGGCUCCACCCAGGCCACCAUCCUGGUGUUCCAAGCGCUGGCGCAGUACCAGGUGGCGGCGGAGGCGCAGCAGCAGCUGGAGCUGGACGUGUCGGUGCUGCUGCCGCGCCGCGCCAGCCCCGUGAAAUACCGCAUCGAGAACCGCAACGCGCUGGUGGCGCGCUCCACCGAGACCAAGCUGAACGAGGACUUCACGGUGAAGGCCGAGGGCGUGGGCAAGGGGACAAUGACCGUGGUGACCGUGUACCACGCCAAGGUCCCCGAGAAGGACGACAAGUGUGACAAGUUCGAGCUGAGCGUGGACGUGGAGGAGGUGAACAUGGGCAAGGAAGAGGAGGACGUCAUCAGAUCUGUCAAGAUCAACAUCUGCACCAGGUACCUGGACACCGUGGACGCCACCAUGUCCAUCCUGGACGUGUCCAUGCUCACGGGCUUCUCGCCGGACGUGCAGGACCUGCGGAGGCUGUCCGAGGGAGUGGACAGGUACAUCUCCAAGUUCGAGCUGGACCAGGCCAACGACCGGAGCAACGUCGUCAUUUACCUGGACAAGGUGUCCCACAGGGCCCAGGAGUGUUUCGCGUUCAAGGCCCAUCAGCGUUUCCAGGUGGGGCUGAUCCAGCCGGCGGCCGUCAGCGUCUACAGCUACUACAGCAUCGAUGACCGCUGCACCCGGUUCUACCACCCGGACAAGGAAGGAGGGAAACUGAACAAGAUCUGCCAGGGGGACGUGUGUCGCUGCGCCGAAGAGAGCUGCUUCAAGCGGCAGGAGCAGCGCGAGGCCAUCACCGUCAACCAACGCAUCGAGCGCGCCUGCGAGCCCGGGGUGGACUUCGUGUACAAGGUGCGGCUGGUGUCCCGCGAGGAGACCCCGUCCCACGACAAUUACAUCAUGGAGGUGCUGACGGUCAUCAAGAUGGGCACGGACGAGGACCCCGCCGGCAGCACCCGGACGUUCGUGAGCCACCAGCAGUGCAGGGACAGCCUGAGUCUGCGCAAGGGACACGAUUACCUGAUCUGGGGACAGGAGCGCUGGGGGUAA